GGAGCCGUUGGCUCCCAGGCCCGCCUCUCUGCCGCCUCUCACUUUUCCCAGGGCGGGUGCGCCUGCGCUCAGCUGCCUGGGCGGGCUGAGAGGCGCGGGUUGAAAAGUCUCGUUCCAAGUUUGGAGAGAGCGAGAAGAGCGCCUCAGACCUCGGUACCUGCGAGCGUGAGGAAGCAGAGAAGAAGGACGCGGUGUUUGUGGAGCACCCAGGCGGCAGGCCGGAGCUCAGGCUUCGAAGGCUCGAAGUGCGUGACGCGCCUGGGAAAGGCAGGAACGUCUGCAGCCGGGCUGCUCUUGCUUAGUGAGGGGAGUCCGAGGCAGCGGCGAGGGGCGAAAGACCCGACGCAAGAUGGCGAGUAAAGAGAUGUUUGAAGAUACUGUGGAGGAGCGUGUCAUCAGUGAAGAAUAUAAAAUCUGGAAGAAGAACACACCGUUUCUGUAUGACCUGGUUAUGACCCAUGCUCUUCAGUGGCCGAGUCUUACGGUUCAGUGGCUUCCUGAAGUGACUAAACCGGAAGGGAAGGAUUAUGCUCUUCAUUGGCUAGUGCUGGGGACCCACACAUCUGAUGAGCAGAAUCAUUUGGUGGUUGCUCGUGUACAUAUUCCAAAUGAUGAUGCACAGUUUGAUGCUUCCCACUGUGACAGUGAGAAGGGUGAAUUUGGCGGCUUUGGUUCUGUAACAGGAAAAAUUGAAUGUGAAAUUAAAAUUAACCAUGAAGGAGAAGUGAACCGUGCUCGCUACAUGCCGCAGAAUCCUCACAUUAUUGCUACAAAAACUCCAUCUUCUGACGUGUUGGUUUUUGACUAUACAAAGCACCCUGCUAAACCAGACCCAAGUGGAGAAUGUAAUCCUGAUCUUCGCUUAAGAGGCCAUCAAAAGGAAGGCUACGGUCUUUCCUGGAAUUCUAAUUUGAGUGGACAUCUCCUCAGUGCAUCUGACGACCAUACUGUCUGCUUAUGGGAUAUCAACGCAGGACCAAAGGAAGGCAAAAUUGUAGAUGCGAAAGCAAUCUUCACUGGCCACUCAGCUGUCGUGGAAGAUGUAGCCUGGCAUCUGCUCCAUGAGUCCUUGUUUGGAUCUGUUGCUGAUGAUCAGAAACUUAUGAUAUGGGACACCAGGUCCAACACCACCUCCAAGCCAAGCCACCUGGUGGAUGCUCACACAGCUGAGGUCAACUGUCUGUCAUUCAAUCCGUACAGUGAAUUCAUUCUAGCAACAGGAUCUGCAGAUAAGACUGUAGCUUUAUGGGAUCUGCGUAAUCUAAAAUUAAAACUCCAUACCUUCGAGUCGCAUAAAGAUGAGAUUUUUCAGGUCCACUGGUCUCCACAUAAUGAAACCAUUCUGGCUUCAAGUGGUACUGAUCGCCGCCUCAAUGUGUGGGACUUAAGUAAAAUUGGAGAAGAACAGUCAGCAGAAGAUGCAGAAGAUGGGCCCCCCGAACUCCUGUUUAUUCAUGGAGGACACACUGCCAAGAUAUCAGAUUUUAGUUGGAACCCCAAUGAGCCUUGGGUUAUUUGCUCAGUGUCUGAAGAUAACAUCAUGCAAAUAUGGCAGAUGGCUGAAAAUAUUUACAAUGAUGAAGAGUCAGAUGUCACAGCAUCGGAACUGGAGGGGCAAGGAUCAUAAACCCAAAGCAAGAGAAUUUCCUGUUGAAUCCUCCAUGAAUGCUUGCCGUAUUGAGCGCCAAAAAAGGCAUUGUAUAGUAGGCAACCUGAGUGGUGGCAUGGCAUUCUUUACCCGAUUCUAGCACUUUCAAGUGAGCUAUUGCGUACUGUAUCAUAUCGUAGCUGUUAGGAAAGAAUGGAAUGUUGUCUAAGAGCAAGCCUAACCUUCGUUUUAAAAUCCAACUUGCAGGGUCCUGCCUUUGAUUCCACUGUUCCAAGUGUUCGUUUUCUCAAACUAAAUGCUUGCUGUUCCCAAAUAUGCAAGAAUAACUUUUACACUUUCUCCCUCCAACACUUCUUGAUUGGCUUUGCAAAAAUAAAGUUUUAAAAUAAA